AUGAGUGACAAGGACUACGUCUACGGCGGCAGCGGUGGCCACAAUGAGAAAAUCAUGGGCCCCAACGAUGCCGAGCCUCAGCACAUUCGCGGUCUUGAGACGGAUCCCGACUCGAUGCUGCACCGUGGAUUAAAGGCUCGUCACAUCAGCAUGAUUGCCAUUGGUGGUGCCCUCGGAACUGGUCUCAUUGUCGGCACGGGAAAGGCUCUUGCCCAAGCUGGUCCUGGUUCCCUCUUCAUCUCAUACCUCUUUAUUGGUUGUCUCGUCUUCAUGGUCAUGGCCGCGCUCGGCGAGAUGGCUGCAUGGAUACCGCUUCACUCUGGCUUCACUGGCUACGCUACCCGUUACUGCCACCCUUCUCUUGGGUUUGCUCUUGGUUGGUGUUAUCUUAUGAAGUACCUCGUCAUCACGCCCAAUCAAUUGACGGCCGCUGCCCUCGUCAUUCAGUACUGGGUCAAACCCGAAAAAGUGAAUCCCGGCGUCUUCGUCGCCAUCUUCCUCGUCGCCAUUAUAUGCAUCAACUAUUUUGGUGGCAUCAAGUUUUUUGGCGAGUUUGAAUUUUGGCUCUCCUCGUUCAAGGUCAUUGUCAUUAUUGCCAUCAUCCUCUUUGCUCUCAUCAUUGCCUGCGGCGGUGGUCCCAACCACGAUGCGUCUGGCUUUCGUUACUGGUCCAAUCCUGGUGCUUUUGCUGAGCUCAAGGGCUACUCCACCGGCUCCCUCGGCCGCUUCUUGGGCUUCUGGUCUGUCAUGGUCAAUGCCACUUUUGCCUAUCUCGGUACCGAGCUGGUCGGUGUGACUGCUGGCGAGGCUCAGAACCCACGCCGAACAAUUCCAAAGGCCAUCCGACUGACCUUUUAUCGAAUUCUCGUCUUCUACUGCCUCAGUGUGCUGCUCGUGGGUAUGAUUGUCCCUUACAACUCCCCUGAGCUCGCUUUCGCCAACAGCGAAGGUUCCAAGAAGGGCGCCUCUGCUGCUUCUUCUCCCUUUGUCGUUGCUGCUCAGCUUGCCGGCGUCAAAGUUCUUCCUCACAUCAUCAACGCCUGUAUCCUGGUUUUCGUCUUCUCUGCCUCCAACUCGGAUCUCUAUAUUGCCAGCCGUACUCUGUACGGCCUAGCUUCGGACGAGUCUGCGCCAGCCAUUUUCAAGCGCACCGAUCGUCGUGGUGUUCCGUACGUCGCCCUCGCCACUGCCGCUCUCUUCGCUUGCCUUGCCUUCAUGAACGUCAGCAGCGAUUCCAAGGUCGUUUUUGGCUACUUUGUCAACCUCACAACCGUCUUUGGUCUCUUGGCAUGGAUCUCAAUCCUCGUCACGCAUAUGUACUUUGUCAAAGCUCGUGAGGCCCAAAACAUUCCCAAAUCCGCCAUGCCCUUUGUCGCGCCGCAAGGCUACUGGGGUACUGUCGUUGCGCUCUUCUUCUGCUGCUUGAUUUGCCUCACCAAGAACUUUACCGUCUUUAUUCACACCAAGGAGACCAACUUUGCCUACAAGGAUUUCAUCACCGGCUACAUUGGCAUUCCCAUGUACUUCAUUCUAUUGUUUGGCCACAUGUUUGUCACCAAGUCACGCGGUGUAAAGCCCCAUGAGGCCGAUUUCUAUACUGGAAAGAGCAUUAUCGACAAUGAAGAGCAGGAGUACCUCGAGAACCUGAAGGUGGAUCGUGCCCAGAGCACAGGAGCUCGCAAGUUCUACCACCGCUACGUCUCGUGGCUUUUCUAA